UGUGAGUGGAUGUAGCUCGACCAUGAUUCUCUCUCUCUCCACUGUAAGUGGAUGUAGCUCGACCAUGAUUCACUCUCUCCACUGUAAGUGGAUGUAACUCGACCAUGAUUCUCUCUCUCCACUGUAAGUGGAUGUAGCUCGACGUUGACACUCUCCCUCCUGGUCUCUGGUCCUCCCUCGUUCAGCCUGACAUCAUCUUCUUGGUUUUCCUUUGGACAGAUGAAGCUCUGAGAUAAAGGCAGGUUGUCAGGAUGCAGCUUCGAUGGUUGCUAGGGGCGUGUCUGUGGUUGCUAUGCAUCGAAGAGGUUCGGACAACAACCUUCAAGAUCGCCUUGGUCGGUCCGUGGUCAUGUGACCCGUUGUUUUCCCGGGCGAUGCCGACAGCAGCGGUCACGCUGGCAUUGUCCAGGUUACGGACUGACACCAGUAUGAGCAGAGGGUACUGGUAUGAUGUCAAAGUGCUGGACGAGGACUGCUCUGCCUCCAAAGCUCUGACCAACUUUGGGGACUUUGAAGGUUAUGGCUAUGCCUACAUUGGACCCUUUAAUCCCGCCCUCUGUCACUCUGCCUCCCUAAUGACUGAGCAUUGGGAGGCUGGACUCUCCUCUCCUGGUUGUCUAGAUGCUGACUGGCCAAACCUGCCGCCACUGACUCCUCCCACCAGAGUCCUGUUCACCGUGCUCAGAUUUUUUGGCUGGGCGCAUGUCAGCAUCAUCACAG